CGUCGGACAUGGAAUUUGUGCCUUUGUCGGAACUGAGGGGAUUGGGUCUGGCUUUAUUUCGGGAGAGCGCGACUCCUUUUGUGUUUGGUCAAAGGGGCUUUUUUUCACCGUUGGAUUUCCCUUCCGUCUGGAUGGCCACGGAGUCUGCGGAGAGGGACAGUUGAAUGCAGCCUCCGAUGUGCACAAAAGAAUGGGGUUCCCUUCGAGGCGGGAUCUGGCGGGAGUUUCCGCGGCGACGUUGGGCUCGCUCUGGCUGCUUCUGAGCGCGCUCCUGCCCGCCUCCUGCACCACCUGCCCUCAGAAGUGCCGCUGCGAGGACCUGCAGUUCUACUGUGACACGCAGGGCCUGCGUUCUCCGCCGGACGGCGUCGACCGAGGCGCCCUGGGCCUCUCGCUGCGCCACAACGCCAUCGGCGAGCUCAGCCCCGACCAGUUCUACGGCUUCUCCCAGCUCACCUGGCUGCACCUCGACCACAACCAGGUCACGGGCGUCCGAGAAGACGCCUUCCAGGGCCUCUACAAGCUCAAGGACCUCAACCUGAGCUCCAACCGUAUCGCCCGGCUGCCUAACACCACCUUCAUCCACCUCAUCAACCUCCAGAUCCUCGACUUGUCCUUCAACCAGCUCACGGCCCUGGAGCCCGAGCUGUUCCACGGGCUCCGCAAGCUCCAGAUCCUCCACCUGCGCUCCAACUCGCUGCGCACCACGCCCGUCCGGGCCUUCUGGGACUGCCGGAGCCUCGAGUACCUGGGCCUGAGCAACAACCGUCUGCGGAGCCUGGCUCGGAACGGAUUCGCCGGGCUGGUCAAGCUCCGGGAGCUGCACCUGGAGCACAACCAGCUGACCAAGGUCAACCUGGCCCACUUCCCCCGGCUGGUGGGCCUCCAGUUCCUGCACCUCCAGUGGAAUAAGAUCAGCAACCUGACUUGCGGAGGGAUGGAGUGGACUUGGUCCACUCUGGAGAAGCUCGACCUGACGGGCAACGAGAUCCGGGUGCUCACCCCGGACGUGUUCCAGACGCUCCCGGGCUUGAGGGUGCUGCUGCUGGACAACAACAAGCUGGGCAGCCUGGAGACGUCCACCCUGGAGACCUGGGGGUCUCUGACCACCGUGGGCCUCUCCAGCAACCAGUGGGAGUGCAGCAAGCGCAUCUGUCCCUUGGCCACCUGGCUGGGGGCUUUCAGAGGACGCUGGGAGCACGCCAUCCUCUGCCACAGUCCUGAGUAUGCCCAGGGCGAGGAGAUUCUCGACGCCGUCCACGGGUUCCAGCUCUGCCGAAACUUCUCUGCCGCGCCUGUGUGGCCCGCAGGGGCCCCCCAAACCUCCGAGGCCCCGGCCCCGCCGCCGCGGGAGGUCUCCAGCAACUCCUUUGGAAUUAUGCACACGCCCACGCAGGACAUCUAUGCAGAGGAUAUUAGGAGCGUUACCACAGUGGCUGGGGCCAGCUCGGACGUCCCCGACAACCCCGAGGACGGCGAGGACGAGGAGGACGCCUCCGCCCCGCCCACAGUCGCCACGGUGCCCCCAACCGCCCGCACCGACCGGGGCGGAUUCACCACGGUGGAGGUGGAGGGGGCGGGGGCGGGCGCGGGGCCCACGGACGAGGGGUACUUCUCUGAACAGGACAACACGGUGCUGACCCAGAGGGUGAUCAUUGGCACCAUGGCCCUGCUCUUCUCCUUCUUCCUCAUCAUUUUCGGGGUGUACGUGUCGCGCAAGUGCUGCCCCCCGACCCUGAGGAGGAUCCGCCACUGCUCCGCCAUGCAGGCCCGCCGCCAGAUGAGGACCCAGGCGCGGCAGCCCAUGGCGGACCUGGCGACCCAGGUGCCGUACAACGAGUACGAGCCCAGCCACGAGGAAGGGGCGCUCGUCAUCAUCAACGGCUACGGGCAGUGCAAGUGCCAGCAGCUGCCUUACAAAGAGUGCGAAGUGUAAACUUGACCUUUGACCCCAGGACCUGUCCCCUGCCCCUGCCCAUCCUCGCUGCUCGCUGCCAUUCGCCCAUUCCAGUCCAAAACAGGGUUUGUUUGUUCGUUCCUUUCCUUUGUCCGUUCGUUAUUUUCCGGUUUAUAUAAAAGAGAUUCUAUAUAUACACACACAUACACAAACAUGUACUGAGGGCGACUUUGGAUUUUGCGUGCUAAUGAGAAAGUAGCAGAAUUGAGGAGUCUGAUUUUGUUUGUUCCUUUUCUUUUUGCAAAUUUGUUGUUUAUUGUUGGAUUUCCAGAGGAAUUAACUCUUAAGUUAACAGAUGUAAAGAAUUAUUCACAAAUUUAUUUUUGUAAUAUGAAUAAGAGGUCAUAUCAAGCAGGGAACUGUUGCGUCGGCUGAACGAGGCGGCACGAUUGAUCGCUCGUUCGAGCCAUUCUGCGACACGGAGGAUGAGAGAUUCGAGACGGGUGAGAGAUUCAUACUUAAAGGAGGGAAAAAAAUUGUUCUAGAAAGUUGUGCUUGAGAUAGCUAUUCGAGGGGUAACUCUGCCCUCUUCUGAUCGAUAAGGAAUUGCAGUUUCCAAGAUGUGGAUGUUUCUGUGUAUUUAAAAAAAGGAAGAAUUUUAUUCAGUCUAGUUCUUGUAUGAUGCACAGAUGGCAUAGUUUUGAGCCCACCCCCACCCACCCCCACUGCACACCUUUUGGUAUGAAAAUAAAAAGAAAGACCAAAAACAACUCCCAUCGUUUGAAUGAUUGAAAAAAGAAUGAAGCAUACUUUCCAAUGCCAGGCUCAUGGGAUACAACAUACAGGGGAGAUGAAUCCCAUUUCAAAUCCACUUGGGUCCAAAUCAACUGUGAUCUUUAAAAAAUUAUGUUAAGACGUAGGGCCGCUGAGUUUUUUUAUUAUUCUUUUUGACUCAACCUCUGGGCAAACCGGAUAACCUCUUAUUAACCGUGGUAAAUAAAGUAAGCACUGUGUCUGAAAAGGUUCAUCAGAGAUAUGCCGCAAUGCUCCGUACGAGGUUGGGCUCUCCUGCGAGGAUGCCGAUCGAACGCCGUGGUUACCGAGCGGCCGAGCUCGUUAACGCAGUAACGUCCGGGCCGCCGAACACGAGCCGGGCUUAACCCGUCCCGCCGUACCGCCAUUAACGCAGCACUUUCAUUGACACGCACAAAUAAAUCCUGUGACAAUAAAUUCAAUAAAAAUCCCCGUUCCCCCCACCGCCCCCCAACCCCAA